GCGGACAGCCAGGGACCGAGAGGGGGCCGCGACGCGCCGAGCAGCCGUGCGCGCCGCGCGGCGCGCGGACAGCCAGGGACGCCCGCUGCCAGGGCCAGCAGGAGAAGAAGACGUCGGGUGCUGCUGGAAGGCAACACGCGACGAAAAACCUGCACAAACAUGACCCCUCGGGGGCGCGCCAGAGGCGGCGCAGGAGAGGGGGCGCAGCGCCGAUGCAAGAAAUCCACGCGGACCUCCGAAAAUCUGGCCUUACGCAAACGACUUCUCGUCGAGAAGGUUCGUGUUAGGUCGGGCAUCUUCGAAUACUCCUGCUGUAGAGGAACAGGCCCGACGGAAGGUUAGUGUACAGCACGGCCGUGGAGCCCACGCCGGAGCCCACCCCCGAGGACGAGCCGCAGGCGAGCGCCGGCCACGACAGCGGGCUACUCCAGCGCCGCGCAGGCGCCCACGCCGCCACCGGGCGCGGCCGGGGGUCUCCUGCAGAGAAAAGAAGCAAGGUGCACAAACGUAAACCUUCUCGGAGGCCCAGGCCUCCGAAGGCUUGCGCUCCCAGGCGCCCUGCGGCGCGCGACGCGCGGCAGAAAAACUCCGCGCCCUCGAGCCCUCGCACCGCUCUCCCGCGCGGCGAGCCCGGCGACUCCCCCGUCCAGGCCGCGGCGCGUGAAGCGGGCCAGUCUGG